AUGGUGGACAUCAUGUUCACCACCAGCACCAGCACCACCAUGAUCUCUGUCCUGCUGGCCGAGGUCAAAACCAUCUCUUACUACUCCUGCAUAUCAAGCAUGUACAUCUACCACCUGGGUGACAUCACAGGGUGUCUGGCCCUGUCCCUGAUGGCUUUGGACCGAACCAUCGCUAUCAGCACUUCUCAUAGGUACCCCAGCAUCCUGACUAACCCAAGGCUCUUCCGGCUGAAAGGGUUAGGGGUCAUGGGGGUAGUAGCAGCUCAGGCAGACAGCCUUCCAUACUGCCAGCCCAUCAUUAGAUAUGUGUUCUGUGACUAUCCUGCUAUGGUCAGAGCUGCCUGUGUCAACCCUGAACCCUAUUGGAUGCUUCCCACCAUCCUGGGUCUGUGGUUAGUUGCGGCACAGCUCACAUUCAUUCUGCUAUCAUACGUGAAUCUGAUCUACACAGUACUGAGACUGCCAAACAACGAGAGCAGAGUGAAGGUGUUUAAUACAUGUAUUUGUCACAUCAUUGUGGUGUCCUGUUUCUACGCUCCCAAGUUAGUCUCUGUGUUGUUGACGAGGAUAGGGGUGAGGCUGAAUCUGACGGAGCCUAAUGCUUCACCUUCUCUGAUCAACCCAGUAGUCUUCUGUUUGAAGACCAAGGAGAUUAGAAAUUAG